CAAAAAUAUUUUAUAAAAUAUUCGGGGUUUUAGCAUUUUUUGUAUUAAAAGUUAAAUAAUUUUUAUAUGGUAACGAAUAAAAUGAGUAUAUCAUUAUCUUCAUCUCGUCCUAGGACUAGUAUAUUAGAUAAACCAUUACCAAAAGGAAAAACUGAAAUAUCUUUGAGUACUUUUGCAUUGUUAUUUUCUGAAGUAGUACAAUAUUGUCAAAAUCAAGUUUUCACAGUACCGGAGCUUCAAACAAAAUUACACGAUUUAGGCAAGGAUGUAGGUGUCAAAUUGAUUGAUUUGUACUUUAUGAGAGAACGUAGUGGAAAAAGAGAAAUUAAAUUGUUAAAUAUAUUGUUGUUUGUGAAAUCGACCUUGUGGAAAAAUUUAUUUGGAAGAGAAGCUGAAAAGUUAGAACAUGCUAACGAUGAUGAAAGAACGUAUUAUUUAAUGGAAAAAGAAUCUGUUGUAAAUAAGUAUAUAUCUGUUCCAAGAGAUAAAGGAUCUUUAAAUUGUGCCGUGUACGUAGCUGGCAUUAUUGAGGCAGUACUAACUAAUAGCGGCUUUCCAGCAAAAGUAACAGCCCAUUGGCAUAAAGGAACAACAUAUAUGAUUAAAUUCGAAGAAUCGGUUAUUGCCAGAGAUAAACAACUAGAAGAGAGAUAAGAGAAUUAAUAAAUGUUUUUAUUUAUUUU